GCCAGGUACCGACCAGGCCAGGCUCCGGCUGCCUCCGGAGGUCACGGUCCGGGAGCUAGCCCGGGCUCGGCCGACAGGGGAGGGGCUGAGCCUGGGCCAGAGGCGCAGCCCGAGCCCGUGCAGCCUGAUUAUCACAUGACUCGACGGCGGCGGUAGCGGUGGCAGCAGGAGCGGCUGGUCGGCGCGGGCUCGCCGGGUGGGCUCAGUUCCGCGCACGCAGGAGGAGCGGGGCGCAAGGGGGCGGGGAAGGGACCCGCCGCCGCCGCCGCCGCCCGCCAGCCGCUCCCGGGGGGCUCUCGCUUGUCCCUCCCUAGCCGCCCGCCCGCUCCAUGUCGCCCGGUUGCGGAAGUGUCGCCGGGAGAGGUGGUGGCGGCAGCGAGGAGCACGGGAAGCCGCGGCUCGGCCCCCUGCAGCACUGAGCUCCGGGAGCCGCGCGCUCCAAGCGGCCCGGCUACCCGUGCGCCCCGCGCCCUCCGCAGCCUGCAUGCCCCGCGCUGCGCCUCGGCCGGCCGCCGCCGCCGCCUCCUGCUCGCCCAGCGGCUGCCCGGCGCCGGAGUAAUAUGCUCACUCGGGUGAAAUCUGCCGUGGCCAAUUUCAUGGGCGGCAUCAUGGCUGGCAGCUCCGGCUCCGAGCACGGCGGUAGCGGCUACGGAGGCUCGGACCUGCCCCUGCGCUUCCCCUACGGCCGGCCGGAGUUCCUCGGGCUGUCUCAGGAUGAGGUGGAGUGCAGCGCGGACCACAUCGCCCGCCCCAUCCUCAUCCUCAAGGAGACCCGGAGGCUGCCCUGGGCCACCGGCUACGCAGAGGUUAUCAAUGCCGGGAAGAGCACGCACAAUGAGGACCAGGCCAGCUGUGAGGUGUUCACGGUGAAGAAGAAAGCCGGGGCCGUGACGUCCACCCCAAACAGGAACUCGAAGCGAAGGUCGUCCCUUCCCAACGGGGAAGGGCUGCAGCUGAAGGAGAACUCGGAGUCCGAGGGCAUCUCCUGCCACUACUGGUCCCUGUUCGACGGCCAUGCGGGCUCGGGGGCCGCCGUGGUGGCUUCGCGGCUGCUGCAGCACCACAUCACGCAGCAGCUGCAGGACAUCGUGGAGAUCCUGAAGAACUCCGCCAUCCUUCCCCCGACCUGCCUAGGGGAGGAGCCCGAGAGCACGCCGGCCCAUGGCAGGACCCUAACCCGCGCAGCGUCGCUCCGUGGAGGCGUGGGGGCCCCCGGGUCCCCCAGCACGCCACCCACGCGCUUCUUCACCGAAAAGAAGAUCCCGCAUGAGUGUUUGGUCAUUGGGGCCCUGGAGAGCGCCUUCAAGGAGAUGGACCUUCAGAUAGAACGGGAGAGGAGCGCCUAUAAUAUAUCCGGCGGCUGCACGGCCCUCAUCGUGGUCUGCCUCCUGGGGAAGCUGUACGUGGCCAACGCAGGGGACAGCAGGGCCAUAAUCGUCAGAAAUGGAGAAAUCAUCCCCAUGUCUUCGGAAUUCACCCCCGAGACCGAGCGCCAGCGACUUCAGUACCUGGCGUUCAUGCAGCCUCACUUGCUGGGAAAUGAGUUCACACAUUUGGAGUUUCCAAGAAGAGUGCAGAGGAAAGAACUGGGGAAGAAGAUGCUCUACAGAGACUUUAACAUGACAGGCUGGGCAUACAAAACCAUCGAGGAUGAAGACUUGAAGUUUCCCCUCAUUUAUGGAGAAGGCAAGAAGGCCCGGGUAAUGGCGACUAUUGGAGUGACCAGGGGACUUGGGGACCAUGACCUGAAGGUUCAUGAUUCCAACAUCUACAUAAAACCAUUCCUGUCUUCGGCUCCAGAGGUAAGAGUCUACGAUCUCUCCCAAUAUGAGCAUGGAGCAGAUGACGUGCUGAUCUUGGCUACCGAUGGACUCUGGGAUGUUUUAUCAAAUGAAGAAGUAGCAGAAGCAAUCACUCAGUUUCUUCCUAACUGUGAUCCAGAUGACCCUCACAGGUACACGCUGGCAGCUCAGGACUUGGUGAUGCGUGCCCGGGGCGUCCUGAAGGACCGAGGAUGGCGGAUAUCAGAUGACCGGCUGGGCUCGGGAGACGACAUUUCUGUCUACGUCAUUCCUUUAAUACACGGGAACAAACUGUCAUGAGAGUGACCCAGGGGACUGGGAGGACAGACAGGGAGAGAGAAAGCUGGGUUGCCUCUGAACAGGGCGGAACUGGGGAGUGCCUGGGCUGGAUUCCAGGUGAUGCAAUUUCUUCCCAGCCCAGAUGGGGGAAUUUGCCGCCAAAAGGCCUCUCUGGCUUUGCUUCAGGAUGACUCUUGAGUUUCCAUUUCUUCUUGAGGACCAGGUCUGGACACUGAAUAAGAAAGAGCAAGACGCGCGCACAGCCUGCUACUGGGUGUUCUGUUUCUCUCGGUCUCUGUUCAGGGGGCUCGUAGGUGGCUAUUUGCCUAUUUGGGGGCGCAGGCAUACACAUUUAUUUAUUUUAUCUAGAAUAGCAGGGACAGCCAUUUCAGGUGUGGCCGGCCGAGGAGGACUCAGCCGGUCAAGCUGCCGGCUUCUCUCCAGGCCAAGAGCCACACCGCAAAGUGAGGGACCGCGCCUCAGAAAGUGUGAGCACCCAUCUUGUCGAAAGCUCCGGCUGUUUCAGGGAUUCUGCCUUGCUCUGUCUCAUCCCUCCCCCCACUUCCUGUCUCCCUCUAGAUUCUUUUGUGGUAAUGGGGUGAGGCAGGGAUUUGUUGUUUUUUGUUUUGUUUUUUUUUUUCCUUUUUGACAUUCCUUGAAUCUUUCUCAUUUUUCUUCACUGGGACUUUCCAAUUGGUUGCUGGACAGUUUCCAUAUCAGAGACCAGCCCGAUCUGGCUUGUCCCAUGUUCUCUGUCACACACACACACACACACACACACACACACACACACACACACACACACGUCCAGAGCAAUGCCCCGUGUGGGAGUUUGUUGUAUGACAUUUUUACCCCCUGAGUUGUGUUUUCCUCACCAAGUCAGCGUGUGCUUCAAACCGUGGGUGUUUCCUCGGACCCACAGCCCCCCAUCAUCUGCACUGUCUCGAGAGAGGUUGGUUUUUCACGUCUGGCCUGGGCGGGUGCUCUCCCACCUCCUGCGUCCUGGAGACGCACAGGAGAAGCAGCAUCUGAUGCAGUAGCCGAGGGAGUCCUUCUGUCCGUCAGUCAGCCGUACUUCGUUAGGGGACGAGUGUGGGAUUCAGGCUUCCUCUCUUCCUGCCGUCUUCAUGCAAGGGUAGAUGGACUGACUCCUGAGGAUAAAAGUGAAUUUGGCCGGGCAGUGGUGGCGGCGCACGCCUUGAAUCCCAGCCCUCGGGAGGCAGAGGCAGGCAGAUCUCUGUGAGUUCGAGGCCAGCCUGGGCUACAGAGUGAGUUCCAGGACAGCCAGGGCUACACAGAGAAACCCUGUCUCGAAAAUAAAAAAAAAAAGGAAGGGGAAAAAAGGUGAAUUUGAACUGGGGCUGGUCAUUCCCAUGCUGCCCACCCUCUUCCUCAAGGGAAUCGCGAUGUAGAAUCCCGAGAGCUGAGUGCCCCCCACUCCCACCCCGCCCCUGCGCAUCCGCCUCCCCCACUGCGCAUGCCUCACAGGCAGAGCAGAAGCACACGUGUUGGGUGUCCUGUCUGCCUCCUGCUUCCAUGCUGGGAGGAACAGCAAGGUCCAGCUUAAGAAUCGCCUGCCUCUUGAGCAGACCUCUGCUCUGCCCCCGGGGCCCUCAGAUCAACAUCUGAUUGCAUAGUCCUGUUCCUCUAGUCUUCCAAGUAUCAUCAGCUUGGCGUGAUUCAGACACUCUUCCAACCCAGCAAAGAAAAAGAGAAAAAACAAAAACAAAAAACCAAUGGUGUAAUUUCCCUAAAACGCUGGAGAGGCGACUCCAGCUCUUGUGUUUAAGAGAAUUCUUUCUUCCCAGAGGAGGAGGGCAGAGGAGCAUAUCCCCCAGGCUGAUAAGUCAUCCGAAUUCCUAGAAUUGUAGAUAAUUUCUUAGGAAAGGCCUGGUGCCUUCCUCCUCAGGAACAAAGUCACCCCACUGUGUAGAACCAGUACCCAGUCCGGCAGGGGACAUUGUGUGUGUGUGUGUGUGUGCGCGCGCGCGCGCGCGCGCGCCCCAACUUGUUGCCUGGGAACCAGGUUGCUGCCCUGUCGGGAGCAUCUUCAUCUGGCUGUGCACCCUCCUCCUGCAGGAAGUCCUUACCACCCCAGACCUCGCCGUCAUCGGGAGUGGUUUGUGGCGACCAUUUGCUUCUCUGGAAGAAGGUGAUGCUGUGGGAGACCGCUCAGGCAUGUCCCAGCAGCGUGGUCCUCUCCCCGCAUCUGCCCAGUUCUCGAAGUCAUGUGCAAACGGGAAACGAGAAAGUCUCGAAGUUCCGAGGAGGACCUGAGCCGCUGUCGUUGGGGGCGUGGCCAUAUUCUCAAUGCCUUUCAUAGUUUUGCUUCUCUGAACUCCCCCCUGGCUCUCGCCUUGACCUUCUCCAGUCAUAUUCAGGGCCACCAGAGUCAAUUGGAGUGUAAAUAUCUUACAAGGUGGUGUGACAACAUUCUCCCAGUUCAUUUACUGCCAAGGCGCAUCUCAGGACAACAAAGCAGAACAAAGCCUGGAAAACCCGAAUUCAAAUUAUCCUAAACCCCAGGGUCCUGCUGGUUUUGGUUGGAAAGUAUCUGGGAAUUCUCUUCAGGAGACCCUGUGGGUGGAAAGGUUUUAGUCAGCAGCCCUGUUUGUGUUGUGGGGAGGGACAAAUAGGUACAUAGAUCAAAGGUGUGGAGAGAGAUUUGUUCAUGCCCAUGGCAGACCUACCCAGCACUGAUAGUGCUCUGUGCAUUGGGCUUGCUCACUGUUCACCCUGGCUCCAAGUCACCCUGUCCCAGAACAGUAACGUCUGUGUCCCAGGUUGGUCCUUGGAGCAUUUCUGGAAAGGUCAAAAGACAACACACCCAGAAGUCUGCAAAAUGUCUUUCUGUGUGUUUAGGAACUAUGUCUGCCUGACUUACAGCCGGACCUGCUUGCCUCCGAGGAAGCCUUGUGUAAUGAAAAGCAUUUGAUUUCCCAGUCAAGGCUUUAUGGGUGUCUUGGGGGUUGUGUGGCUACUUCCUUUAAUGAAAGGCUCUUUCAACCCUAAAUCUCUUGGCUCAGCCUGGCCCCUGCUCUGGGGCGGUGGUGUACCUCCCUAAAGAGUGUGAACUCUGAAGCCUUUUACUAGGUGGUAACUAAAGCUUUGUCUUUCUUCACACCAAAUGUCAGCAGCCAAAGACUCUCGGAAGGGGGCUGCUGGGGUUGUGUACUCAACGAUUGUCCCUGUGGCAGAAAGAGAGAGCAGUGGCAAUUGAGCUGGGCCAAAUAUACAGCUGUCUAACCAGGACAAGCCCGAGAAGCCGGCGCUUCAGUUACUUUCCACAGUAUUCAAUGUUGGAGGAUUUGGAGUGUUGGAUUUUUUAAAUUCCUAACGUCUUACCUCCAAGGGGCUGCGUGGAGGCAGCUGGGUCUUCCCACCACGCUUCUCUGAAAGUCCCUUUCUUGAGGGGAAUUGUACCCAUAGGUGGAUAUCCAAGGGCAAGCGUGGGAGCCCCUGGAGCCAAAUGCCCUCCAGGCCUUAGCCGUUUGGAUGGGGGAAUUCAGUAUCCCAAGGCUGCUAGUUUAGAAUCCCUUUGGGAAGGUGUCUUUUUAAAAUGCUGACCCUUCUUUCGCGCCCCCCCCCCCCCUCCCCGCACCCCCCCCAUCCCUGGCCUCCUUCCUCAUCAGCCCCUCUGCUGUAUUUUGCAAAGGAACAAGGGGGGGGCAGAGGUUGCUGUUGGGUGCACUAGUGUGAAGGUGUCGCCCCCCUUCCUUAGGUGAGCCAGGAUCUCUGACGUCUUCAGCGUGUCUAUGUUGUACAGUGAUGAGGUUUUAGUUUCAGUGAGUUGUUCCUCCUGGGCCAGCUGGAGGAAGCAAUGAAAUUGUCUAUGCAAAGGAACAAACCGCCUGACCCUGAGGCCUGCCUACCAGAUGGAAGAGUGGAGCGGCCUUCGGCCACGGGACAGAAUUUUGUGUUCGGAGCUCCGAAUGGCAAGGGCCUGUAGGCCGUGGCCCACCUCGCUGAGCAAACUUGGGGUGCUGUGUGGCAAGGUGGCAUCUGUGUGUACACUGGAACUUUCAGGGGACACUAGGUGAGCAGCCUGGCUGGCUUGCCUCUUUCUGUGAGCCCCCCCCCCCAGCCCUUCUGUCAGAUGUGAGCGCCAUUGGGGGAAUACCGCUCUUUCUGAUUCAUGACGUUAUCUGUGUAAAUAGCUUUAAUUUUUCCUUUCUGUGUCCUAGGUGAAGUUGUGUUCAUGUAGCAACCAAGUAGGCCGUGACCAAAUAAGGCUGUAUCUGUACUGGUGUUUUUCAGCUGGGGUGGGCUGAAGCUGGAGAGCCCGUGUCCUCCGCCCUUCCUCUCAUUCGAUGAGUAUUUCGUGUGUGUUUAGGGGGGUCCCACGGUUGCUCCUCCAUUCCUGUUCUGCCUCUAAUUUUCUUUGUCUCUUUGGAAACCCAGGGAGGCCCCUAGUAAGGAUCGUUUGUAAGAAUAUGUAUGUCAUGGUCUGGGUUUCCAAAACUCCUCCGCGUACGGUGACUUGAGAGGAAUCUACCUGGAAAUGGUCUCAGAAUCCUGUACUUUUCUGCUUUGUGAUUGUGAAACAUUGACUUUUGUAAACCCCCAAAACGAGAACUGUUUAAAGGGGAUCUAUUUUGUGUGUUUUGAACCUUAGGUGCAGUGUCCCCUGGAAAAAGCCCAAGAACUGUAUAUGCUCAAUGACAUUUUAAAUAAAAUGCUAUAUAUGUAUAUAUAAAUAUGUAUAUAGGACAUCUUUA